AUGUACUCAGAUGUCAGCUCAGCAGGAACACACGGCCUUCAGCAUGAGUCUAUGCUACGCUCUAAUUGUGCAUCAAACCGCUAUUUCAUCCCCGAAACUUGGCCCCCUUCAAUCGGGUUCGCGCAUCUUAUUCCGCGAUGGGGCGACCCAGCUUAUGCCCUGUCUGCUAUUCGUGAGUAA